GUGUCAUUCAAUUCUGUCAAUAAAUAAAUUUUAGAGGCUUUAGUUACCGCGUUAUAUGAUAAAUUAUUACAAAAUCAAUACAAAUGUGAUUGUGAUUAGCAGUUUUAUUUAAUUAGAAUCGUACAACAUGAUAAUAAAAAAUGAGGAUGUACAAGAACAAACUAAAAGGUUGCGGUUUAAGUCUAUAUCCAACUCUCAAAAUUCAUCCGGCGAUAUAAAUUUUGAUAAAGGAGUUAAAGAAAUGAAAUAUAAAGAUGGAGAAAAGGCAGCCUCCUUGUUUGCAUUCUUGCAUGUGGAACUAACGCGAGGCUAUUUGUUAGAACAUGAUGAAGAACGGUUUUCUGCUAGACGCGAGAAAGUCUAUUCUUUCAUAAAGAUCCCUCAAGAAUUAGAGAAAUUUAUGGCAUAUGGAUUUUUUCAAUGUGCAGAUUCAUUGCUGUUUGUUUACACAUUUCUUCCAUUGAGGUUUAUUAUGGCAUUUUGGACCUGUUUUAGCAGACUAUUUAGAAAAUGUUUUGGAUUUUAUUCUAAUUCUCGUCAAAGCAUAUUAAAGCCUGCUGAAACAUGUGACAUGCUGAAAGGUUUCAUCCUGUUAAUCUGUAGUAUAUUAAUGUGCUACAUAGACACAAACAUGAUGUAUCACCUGGUCAAGAGUCAGAGUGUGAUGAAAUUAUAUAUCUUCUACAAUAUGUUGGAGGUUGGGGACCGGUUGUUUUCAGCUUUUGGUCAAGAUACCAUAGAUGCUCUAUUUUGGACAGCUACUGAACCUCGAGAUAGAAGGAGGGAGCAUUUGGGAGUGAUACCCCAUUUAAUGUUUGCCAUGACUUAUGUCUUUCUUCAUAGCUUAUUGGUGCUGUUUCAAGCAACAACACUCAAUGUUGCCUUUAAUUCUAAUAAUAAAAGUCUUCUCAUAAUAAUGAUGUCUAACAAUUUUGUUGAAUUAAAAGGCAGUGUCUUCAAAAAGUUUGACAAAAACAACCUCUUCCAAGUGUCCUGCAGUGAUGUGAGGGAGCGUCUUCACCUGUCAGUGCUGCUAUUCAUCGUAGUUCUGCAAACCAUGAAGGAAUAUAUGUGGAGGGAGGAACGCUUCUGGAUACUGGCACCAGACUGUGUACUGGUUCUAACUUUUGAAGUCAUUAUUGAUUGGGUUAAGCAUGCUUUCAUUACCAGGUUCAAUGAGAUUCCGUAUGGAGUGUACAGGGAAUACACAGUGAGCUUGGCUUACGAUGUUGCGCAAACCAGACAAAAGUAUGCAUUCAGUGACCAUUCGGACUUAGUGGCCCGUAGAAUGGGAUUCAUACCUUUGCCACUGGGAGUUGUUAUAACAAGAGUGUUGGUCCAUGCAGUCAAAGUAGAUGGGUUUGCGGCAAUAUUUUUGAUAUUCAUCGCGUAUUUGUGCCUGAUAUCAGUAAGAGUACUGGUAUCUAUUGUGAUACUUGGGAAGGCAUGUGAUUUGAUAACUCAACAUCAGUCGGAGAAAAUUGACAGCUACCAUGCUACGCCUAAAAAAGAACAAAAAGAUUUGACGACAAAAGAUAAUUCUUUUGUACACAAAACACCGGAAGCUGAAUUGUCGCCUCCGAAAAAGCCAACGACACUGAAAUUUACUGUUCCUGAAAAUGUUAUACUGAGUGAGCCACUGGUGGACGCGUCGGUAGGCGCUGCGGCAAUAUUCUCAAACAGCGCUAUCGAUCUCAACGGCGUUUGUUAUCUUAAUGACAAAAUGAACACGCAAGUCAAACAAGAGGCUGGUGAUUUUCUCGAAGCUGAAUUGGUGGACGUGAGCCGCAGCGCGCCGUCGAUGGCGGCGGGCGCGGCGCCGGCGCGGCCCCGCUCGCCCGACGCGGACGGCCUCAAGCGCCGCUCCGAGUCCGAGCCCAACCUCGUCAAGCCCGACGACGAGGACACCUAGCACACGCUCUGCUGCCUGGUAAACAUUACGCUCUAAUAACGCGCUCUAGUCUAUCCUCGACAUAACAUUUACAUAUAUUAGUCGACGCAUCUAAAAAGGACUCUGAGAGACCUUGCAUGACUACGUGAUUUUCUAUCGCGUUAUACGAUUGUCAGCUGUCAUUAUUAUAUGCCAUCAGCGAACAUAUUAAUUUGGUGGCUCAGAGCCCUUUUUAACUGUGUUGAAAUAUACAGGGUUGAUACUACAUUUGGUUGAGCCAUCCACCUUUCGAAUCACUUCAAAAUAUGUAGUACAAAAAUAAAUAGCGUAAAAUAAGAAAAUACAUUUUUCAAACAAAUUGUAUAGUUAAAAAUCAAAGUAUUUGCAACAAUCACGAACAUGACAGCAUGUUCAAAAUUACAAAUGGAAAAAAAUGAAACCUGCCUAUGAACUAAAUUACCGCAACUAUUUGUCUAUUUUUUGUGUAUAAAACCUGCAAAUGGUACCUUAAAUAUGUGGUAUAAAGUGAAGCCCGUUUGUCGUAUCAACACUGUAUAACGACAUCCAUGAAUAAAUAAAAUAAAAUUGUUCAUAACUGGUUGUUUAUAGGAAAAAUAUAAAUAGUAAUGGAACAGCGACGCGUCUAGAUUUUGUUUUCGUGUGUGUAGUUUUGUACCGGAGUUGACUGGGUUUUGUAUUGAAUAUUUUUAGAUACCUCGCGUCUGCAAUUUUUUGUGAUUGGAAUGUACAUUAAUAUAUUUUAUAUUUUGUUCUUAUAGUGUAUGUUUGAAUAGGUCUUUCAGAGAGUUCUGAACCAAUCAAGGGUCCUAAUAAAUGCCUGGUAUAAAAAUAGUAUAAGUAUUAGAAGGAAUGGACAGACAGAUUAUUACCUAAGUACCUUGCUUUCUAUCUGGUAAAGGACGAAGCUGUAAUAAUAAUUAUACAAUUAAAUUAAACAUUAUUUCAGUAUAAAAUGCAUGUUUCUUUUAUUUCGUACUUGGUAGAAAGAAAGUUACAGCUAAAUUAUAUAAUUGAGUGUGAUAACAAAAAAAAGAAAUUUGGUGGCCUGUUGAGAUAUGACCGAUUUCAAUUGGCUUAAUGAAAUAACGAUAUUGUUUUGUCUUAGACGUAGUCUAGAUUACCUUAAUCGUUAACUCGAAUAGGUAACAGACGAUAUAGCUUAAACUCUAAGACUGAUAUGAAUUAGGUGCUUAAUAUAUUCAAUUUCUAUAGCAACGUUUAUUUAUUUGUUUAAAACCCUAGGUGUGUGGAAUAGUUCAAAGUUUUGCUGUUUAUCAUUCCAAUGGUACUAAAUUUGUUGUAGAUUAUUAGCGAGUUGAUAUAUCUGUAUAUAACAUGACAUAAUAUGCAAUAAGUGUUUGGUUAACGCACAUUUCCUAUUUGUACCGGUAUGUUAAUACUUACAUAAGUACCUAUGGACAGAAACAACGUGUCAUUAUAGAUUACUUUAGGUUUACCAAGGGACAGUGUAAUAAUUGGAAAAUGAGAUAUAUAGAGAAUUUUAUUCAUAAACAUUGUAUACGCUGACGACGUGGAGAAACUGUUUAACUCUUAGACUAAAAAAAUGUUAUUUUGUCUACCUUUUUAGUCUAAGAAUUAAUGUGUUGUAACACGAUUCGGUAAUAUUAUGUUAUCGAAGUUUAUUAAAAACCUGUUCAUAAAUUAGUAGGUGGAACAAUGUAUUAGGCUUAGGUACAUACAGCAUUUUAUUACACUGGACAACAUCUUACAAACAUUUAUUGAUAGAAAGUUAAUACAGUUAAAAUACAAUAGACAUUUACCUAAAUUAAAAAAGUUAUAAAAUUGUAUGCUUAGUAUAAAAUUCGACCUUAUCCCUAAGUAAUAAAGAAGUUAGUUUUAAGGCGUGAAAGUCUACGCCUUUUACAAAGUGCACAUAAUAUUAGAAUAACAUUAGCAAUAGGUAUUGAAGUAAAAUUGUCUACUUUCUCUGUAUUUAAACUACCGUUUAUUGUUCCAAUCCACACUUCCACACUCCACACUCUGUUGUCCAGUGUUUUAGAAUGAUAAUGGAUAACGUGUUUUCGCUUGGUAAUGUUUUACAUUUCUGUAAUUUUAUUUCUUAAAAGUUUGACACAUUCAAUCUCCAUGAAGUUUCUAUUCUAACUACUUGUAGCUAAACAUCUGUUUCGUGUUUGUUUUUUUUAUAAAUUAUAUCACAACUCGUUUAUUAAUA